AUGGUUUCCACACGGCGCAUCGCCGGCCUGCUGUUCGCUGCCGUCGCUGCACGGGCUCUGCCCGGGGAAAUCUCCCAAGAUGGUUCCGCCAGAGGUGGGCCGAUGGUGGUCGACGCGCCCAUCACGCCGCCCACGUCGUGCGCCGCGGGCGUGCAGAUCUUUGUCGUGCGCGGCUCGACGGAGCCCUCGCACAUGGGCAGGAUCGCGCCCGUGGCCACCAGCAUACGCGACGCCGUCCCGGGGAGCUUUAUUACCGCGCUCGACUACCCGGCAAAGAUCAACGCGGCCGAGUACUUUUUCAGUGUGCACAGGGGCGUCAGCAGGCUCGCGAAGCUCGUCAGGGACUACGUCAAGAUGUGUCCGCAGGGCAAGAUUGCCUUGGUUGGCUACUCCCAGGGUGCGCACGUCGUCGGCGACCUUGUCUGCGGCGCCAGCAGUUUGCCGUUGUACAGAUCAAAGCCGCUUGAUCCUGUCUAUAACAAAAAUAUCAUCGCCUCGCUCCAGUUUGGCGACCCGUCCCGCCGCGCAAACCAAACCUGGAACGUCGGUACCGUGACCGACCGCAACGGCUACUUCCCGCGGCAGCGCAACAAGCCCUGCGGCCCUUAUUCCGAAGCCAUGCGGUCGUGGUGCGAUGAAAAGGACCGCUGGUGCGACAAGAAGUCCCCGACCGGCACUGACCGUGAAGUUCACAAGAAGUACCAAAUAAAGUACAAAGAUGCCGCCGCGGACUUUGUAAAGAAGCAGUGGGAGUCUAGUCAGAAGCCACUCGGCAGCUGA